AGGCUAAAGACAUAUAUACUUCACUAAUAUCAAUACACAAUGGGUAGAAUGCACAGCAGCGUAUGUGUGUUUUGAUAAAGAUUCAAAAUGGGCACGAAUAGUUUAAUACGGAAGAGGCAUGGUCCGAUUUGGUAGGUUCUACACUGUCUAGAGGUUGGGCUCUGCUGCGAUUUUAGAUCUUCUUUGUUUGACACAAGUGAUGUUGGUCGAAAAUUAGAUUUGAAGUGGUGAUCGAAUUGGAUUUAGCCAUCCUUUUUUUGAGCACCGACGCACAGCCAGCUGAGAGAUCUUGAAUAGUCGUAUGAAUUCACUACGCUGAACGGAACCAGUUUGGUAAGGGUAUGUCCUCUUCAUCCCUUCCAUACUCCAGAGCCCUUCCAUCUUGGUUCAAGGCAUCCUCUGACGAAGUUGUUGACCAAAUCAUCAAGUACGCCAGAAAGGGUAUGACCCCAUCUCAAAUUGGUGUUCUCUUAAGAGAUGCUCACGGUGUCAACCAAGCUAAGAUUGUUACCGGUAACAAGAUCAUGAGAAUCUUGAAGUCCAACGGUUUGGCCCCAGAACUCCCAGAAGAUUUGUACUUCUUGAUCAAGAAGGCUGUCGCUGUUAGAAAGCACUUGGAAAGAAACAGAAAGGAUAAGGACUCUAAGUUCAGAUUAAUUUUAAUCGAAUCAAGAAUCCACAGAUUGGCUAGAUACUACAGAACCGUUUCUGUUUUACCACCAACCUGGAAAUACGAAUCUGCUACUGCCUCUGCUUUAGUUAACUAAACCUGGUUUUUUAUGUCAUUUAUAUCAACUUUUUUAAAUAGCUAAUAAACCAAUUUUUUUCUCUACUGCUU